AUGGCUUUCGAGCUUGAAGGCUUGGCUAUUAGUCAGCUUUCAUAUGCCGAGGACGAAUUCAUUGACCUUGCAAUUGCUGGACUUGCAUCGCAAGCUGAGAAACGUACCAGUAGCAAGAAGUACGGUCCAUGGGCAGCAGGAUGGGUCCACAGAGUAGACCACUACUGCAAACCAUGGAUGGGACUCGGAUCGUAUGACGGUGCACCGUGCUACACUGGCAGGUGUUGUAUGAUUGAAUUACUGUAUGCAUUCUCGACGGGAAAUAACCAAUUUGGCGAAGAGGAAGUACUGUCGGUUGUGUUUGGCACUAUCUUAGCUGUAAUGGGAGAAGGCGAUAGGAACACAGAUAGAACAUACACGCUACCGUGCAUGUCCAAUUCUGCCAUUCGCACUGUGUGCCACUGUGUCGCAAUGCUUCAACUUGAAAUAAGCACCAGGUCACAGGGCGUCCCGCUUUUUCAAAGCCCAUUUGAUGAAAUUACAUGGUGGCUCGACAACCUGUCUACAUCACACCCAGAUUUAUCUAUGUUCGCAAAACAAGCCCACAUACUAAAACAGGCUCUGUACGAUCUGCAUAUCAUCCAGCUACCUGUUCACCAACUGUCGCAUACAAAGAGGAUCUACCAUGUCGGUGACGUCUGCAAUGCCAGCAGAUCGCCACCUACGAUCUACCCUAAGGAGCAAGGUUCAGAAUUAGAGGACGAGUGCGCGAAAGAUUUGAAGGAGGAUGAAAAUGACGAUGAUAGCGAGGUUGAUCAUGAGACGGGGAAGCAACUCAUGAUCAGGAAAUACAGUAUUAGCACAGACUCGUCACCAGUCUUACUAUGUCUCGGAGAUGCUGAUAAAGUGCUUAGCGUCUGA